CCGUCUCGUCCGUCUUACUAGAAUUCACCCCCCCCCCCCCCCCCAAACAUUCGCCUCCUGGCUUUACAUUCUUCACGCGCAACGGUCGUCUUUUUAUUCUCGCCGUCUUGCGCGAAAAAAAAAAAAUAGCUGGCCUGGGCGACGUAGUCCGCGAUUAAAUCACGAAAUGGCCCAGAUCAGAGGUACAGCCGGCUACCAUCUCGGUGGCCCGAACCCUUUCGGCAGCCCCAAGAACGAAGUCGCCGAUCCUAGUCCUUUGGACGCGAUUAGGGAACAAACCAGUAAGAUUGAGGAUGUUUUGGAUACUAUUAGCGAACCCAUCAAGCCAUACCUCCCUGCCAUCGGGCGUUUCUUAAUUGUUGUUACGUUCCUCGAGGACGCUCUAAGAAUCAUAACACAAUGGACCGACCAGCUGGUGUAUCUCAACAGCUACAGGCAUAUUCCUAGCGGGUUGACGCAUCUCUUCCUUAUCGUAAACGUUUUGACUAUGAUUGUUUGUUCCACGAUGGUUAUCGUUCGCAAGCACUCCGACUACGCUGUUGCUGGUCUCAUGGGUGUUGUUGUCACGCAAGCGCUAGGAUAUGGAUUGAUCUUCGACCUCAACUUCUUCCUCCGAAAUCUCUCCGUCAUCGGUGGCCUGAUCAUGGUCCUGUCCGACUCCUGGGUUAGGAAGACCAAGGCGUUCGCAGGUCUUCCCCAGCUCGACGAGAAGGACCGAAAGAUGUACUUCCAGCUAGCCGGUCGUGUGCUUCUAAUCUUCCUGUUCAUCGGCUUCGUCUUCAGCGGCGAGUGGUCCGUCUGGAGAAUCGGUGUGUCUGUCAUUGGUUUAAUCGCCUGCGUCAUGGUUAUCGUUGGAUUCAAGGCCAAGUUCAGCGCUACUCUCCUAGUCCUCAUUCUGAGCGUCUUCAACGUUUUGGUUAACAACUUCUGGACUCUUCACGAGCACCACCCCCAUAAGGACUUCGCCAAGUAUGACUUCUUCCAGAUUCUGUCCAUCGUCGGCGGUCUCCUCCUGCUAGUUAACAGCGGCCCCGGCCAGUUCAGUAUCGACGAAAAGAAGAAGGUCUACUAGACGACCAGAGUUUACCGAACCGCGGAAAAUACUACUGGUGGCGCUUCGCAUCGUGAUCGCAUAGGCCUAAUCAAAGGCCAUCUUGCGCCAUGUGCCUAUGACAGCUGGGACAGCACAUUGUGUGGCGUAACGGGCGUUGGGCGAGGUUUUAAUUUUCAACCGGAAAGAUCAGCUGGAAUGGCGCGGCCUACUGCUUGCCUCGUGAUGGGUCUCGGUUGUCAAAGGGAGGAUCAAAAGAAGAUUAUGCAACAUAAGAGAAUAUUAGGAUUUGACAC